AUGUCUGUCAAGACCCCUCCCAUCAAAGACCUGCUCGAGGUCACCGAGGACCAGGAGAAUGGCCUCACCUUUAUGAAGAACGUCUCCAUCCCGCUCAAAGACUCCCCGCUCCCCAUUCGCGCGAACGUCUACCUUCCGCUCACUUCGGAUAAGGCCGCACGUUACCCUGUGCUGGUGACCUACGGACCAUAUGGCAAAGAUAUCCCCUAUGCCAAGUUCUAUCCCAAGUCGUUCAGCGAGGUUGCUCCAGAUCAGAGAUCCAAAUACUCGGCCUGGGAGACGCCCGAUCCGGUCUUCUGGACGAGCCAGGGAUAUGCUAUCGUUCGAGCCGACGAGCGAGGACUGGGCCAGAGCCCAGGACUGUUGGAUACCAUGAGCCGUGGCACGAGCGAGUGCUUCUUUGACGUGGUUGAGUGGGCUGCAGAUCAGCCCUGGUCUAACGGCAAGGUCGGUCUGUUGGGUAUCUCGUAUUACGCUGGUUCUCAAUGGCGCGUUGCCGCUCGGCGGCCCAAAGGUCUUGCGGCUAUCAUCCCUUGGGAGGGUAUGUCCGACUACUACCGCGACCGCUGCCGUCACGGCGGCAUCCACUCCAAUAAGUUUAUCGGCUUCUGGUGGAACCGCCAGGUGCUGGUCAAUCAAUAUGGCAGGAAAGAUAGAUCCAAGCUGGACUUUCCUCCAGAUGGUCCUGGAGCCAGAGGUCAGGAGGACACCAUUGAGGGUGACCUGCCAGAAGACGUCCUGGUAGCCAACCGCCAAGAUCAGACGAAAGACAACGAAGCUAACCGCUUCCGCGACGAUGACUACUACGCAAGCAAAGAAUACAAGCUCGAGGACAUUGAGGUUCCUGUUCUGAGCGUAGCCAACUGGGGUGGCAUCCUUCUUCACCUGAGAGGCAACGUGCAGGGAUACCUCGGAGCAGGCUCCCAGCUCAAGUAUUUGCGCUUCAUCACUGGCCGUCACGAUCUCCCAUUUUACUACCCCGAGGAAGUAGAGCUACAAAAGAGUUUCCUCGAUGCAUUCUUGAAGGGUGAAGAUAGAGUCGGCUGGAGCACGCCUGGCAAGGUGCCUCCCGUGACGCUUACUCUGCGAAAGGGCAACGUCGGAUUCAAUGACGCCGAGAAGGAGAAGGCGUAUCCCAAGAGAGAGGAAGCUGCUUGGCCAAUUCCGCGAACAGAUUACACCAACUUCUAUCUGACGCCUGACCUUGGUCUAACGACAAAUGGCUCCGGCCAGGAUUCCAAGACUGUCUCGUAUAAGGCUUUGGGUUCCCUGGAGAACCCUCAAGUUGUUUCCUUCACGUCCGCUCCCUUUGAGCAAGAGACGGAGAUCACAGGCCACGUCACGGCCCAUCUUAACGUCUCGGUGACGCCCGACAACUCGGAAAAUGAAACUGAUAUCGACCUCUUCGUGACCCUGCGCCACAUCGACCCAUCCGGCCAGGAAGUCUUUUACACCGGAACAGCUGGCGACCCCGUGCCGCUCGUCAAGGGCUGGCUGAGAGUGAGCAAUCGCAAGGUGCACGACGAGAGCCCCACGCACAAGUCCUGGCUGCCGCAUAGAGAGUACCUCUCCACAGACGUCCUGCCAGUCAAGGCUGGAGAGGUCUACGGCGUAGACAUCGAGGUCUGGCCGACAAAUGUCGUUGUCGACAAGGGCGGCAAGAUCAUCUUCGAGGUUAGCAGCGGCGACACCCAGGGCAGCGGAAUUUUCCAGCACUGCUCAGAAGUUGACCGGCCUGCAUCCAAAUUCUCUGGAUUGAACAAUAUUCAUUUCGGCCAAGGCCUUGAGAACUAUGUCACUCUACCCAACCUCUCUAUAGCCCAAUCGAGCUUCAUAAAGCCAAUCAUUGAUACCAAUCUCCCUGCCAGUAUGAGUUUCUCCGAGCAUUUCUCCCUUGCCAACAUUCCGUACGGAAUCGCCAGUGACGCGAACCAUGCAAAAGGCGUAGUCACGAGAGUAGGGGACUCGGUCGUCUUCCUCUCUGACCUAAAACUCACAAAUUCCGCGGAUCUCAAGUCCGCUUUGUCUCAGCCGACCCUCAAUGCUUUGGCGGCAGUAGAAAAGACCGAGCUCGGGAUCCUCCGAAAGAACAUUCAACAAACCCUUUCCGACGAAUCGACUCUGUCUGAACAUGGCGUACCGAUCGCCAAGGUUCAGCUACACUUGCCAAUCAAAGUAGACGGCUUCACAGAUUUCUCGUGCUCCAAAGAACAUCUCUUGAAUGCGUCAGAGGCAGUUGUGGGCAAGGCCUCCAUGCCACCCGCAGCACCGUACUUGCCCAUCGGCUACAGUGGUCGGCCUUCUUCGAUUGUACUUUCGGGGACGAAUAUCACGCGGCCGUACGGGCAAUAUCGUGAUGGAAACAGUAUUGGUUUCGGUCCCUCCAGAGCGCUUGAUUACGAGCUCGAGGUGGCUUGCAUUAUUGGGAAACCGACGCAGCUUGGAGACCGCGUAGCUGUGACGGAUGCCGACGAGCAUAUAUUUGGUCUCGUUCUGCUGAACGACUGGAGUGCUCGCGAUAUCCAAGGAUUUGAGAUGAGUCCGCUGGGACCGAUGAAUGGCAAGUCAUUCGGGACGUCCAUCAGUCCGUGGGUGAUCACACUCGAAGCACUCGAACCUUUUGCAACACAACCUCCUCCGAAGGAUAUACCCUCGCAGCCAUACUUGUUGGACAACAAGGAGAAAUCGAGUUACAAUAUCGCCUUGAAGGCUGAAGUAGUAACUGGCGACGGGGCUACGACGGUGUGUAAGGCGCAGCUCAGCUGGAUGUACUGGACGUUCCGCGACCUAGUGGCCCAGCAAACAAUCAAUGGGUGUAAUCUCAACACUGGCGAUAUUCUGGCGACGGGGACGGUGUCGGGAGCCGGCGAUGACGAGCACGGGUGUCUGCUAGAGAUGACCAAGGGCGGCAAGGUCGGUUGGAAGACGUCCACUGGUCAAGACAGGAUGUAUUUGCAGGACGGAGACGGCGUGCGCAUCAGCGGGCAAGCUGAGGAUGGCGUGGGGUUUGGUGACUGCGUGGGGUUCAUCGGGGCCGCUCGGCCGUUUGGAACAGCACAGGUCCAUUUGUGA